GUAGAAUAAAAAGACAGAGGUGAAAGUGUUUUUUGGGAUUUGGUAAGAAGAGAAAAAAAAUGAGAGUUUUUGUAGUAGUGAUGAGAAAAGAGAAACAAAGACACUUCUGGCUUUUAAGAGCAAUCUUUGGAAACUUGUUUUAGUUUUAACCAAACAAGACUUAAGAAAAAUAGGAGGAGAGAGAAAGAAGAAGAGUAUAAAACUUGGAAGAUAGAAGGUUUUAAUGAAGGCGCGUAACAGUUUUUUUUUUGCUACUCACUCACUCAUCUUAUUACAUGAGUGUUUAAUCCUAUUUAAUCCAAUUACUUCAAACUAAUUACUCAACCCAUUAAUUUUUUUUUUGUUUCUUUUAAUACCCAUUUCACUUUCACUUCAAAAGCCACUUUUUUCAUUUCAAUUUCUGGAGAAUUUUAGUUUUUUUUUUGACCAAGAUUGAAGCUUUCAUUUGGUCUCUUUAAUGGCGCAGUGUCAGAGAACACACAGUAAUGAAAGGCUUACAGGUGGAGAAAGUUAUGCACUGUAUGCAGAGCUAUGGAGGGCAUGUGCAGGACCUCUGGUGGAUGUUCCACAGUCAGGAGAGAGAGUGUUUUACUUUCCACAGGGUCACAUGGAACAAUUGGAAGCAUCAACAAAUCAGGAAUUAAAUCAUCAAAUUCCACGCUUUAAUCUGCCACCAAAAAUUCUUUGUCAUGUUAUGAACAUUGAACUAAAGGCUGAGCUAGAAACAGAUGAAGUAUAUGCCCAGAUAACUCUGAUUCCAGAAAAAGAUCAAGAUGAGUUUAAAGGGUCUGAUUCAUGUUUACCUGAGCCUCCAAGGCCGAAAGUCCAUUCGUUUUGUAAGAUAUUAACUGCUUCGGAUACAAGCACUCAUGGUGGAUUCUCGGUCCUCCGCAAGCAUGCCAAUGAAUGCUUGCCUCCUUUGGAUAUGAGCCAGACAACUCCUACUCAAGAGCUAGUUGCAAGAGAUCUUCAUGGAUAUGAGUGGCACUUUAAACAUAUUUUUAGAGGUCAACCUCGUAGACAUUUGCUUACGACUGGGUGGAGUACUUUUGUUACUUCUAAGCGUUUAGUUGCUGGAGAUGCAUUUGUUUUCUUAAGAGAUGAUAAAGGAGACCUGCGAGUUGGUGUCAGGCGGCUUGUCCGUCAACAGGCCCCUAUGCCUUCAUCUGUUAUAUCCAGCCAAAGUAUGCAUCUUGGUGUUCUUGCUACUGCACGUCAUGCUGUUAAUACCAGUACUAUGUUUACUGUUUACUAUAAGCCGAGGUCUAGCCAGUUCAUUGUUGGAGUAAAGAAGUUUCUAGAAGCUGUGGACCAUAGAUUCUCUAUUGGCAUGCGUUUUAACAUGAGAUUUGAGGGUGAUGACACCCCUGAGAGAAGAUUUACAGGCACCAUCGUUGGGGUUGAAGAUGUUUGUCCUCACUGGUCAGGCUCUAAAUGGCGGUCACUGAAGGUUCAAUGGGAUGAAGCUGCUACAUUUCAAAGACCAGACAAGGUUUCCCCAUGGGAGAUAGAACCCUUUUCUGCUUCAAUUCCUGUCAAUCCUACUCCGCCACCAAUAUCAAAGACCAAGAGGUCUCGACCUAGUGAUCUGUCCAUAUCUGAAACCACUGGGGUUUCUGCCGGGUCAAACUUUUGGUACGGACCAGCCCAUACCCAAGAUUUCUGUAGCCCCGGUAACCAGCAAGAUAAUAUUUGGACUCCUACUCAUGGAAGAAAUUCCUUCAGGUUCUUCGCCGACAAUAAAGAUGAAAGCAAAACGUCGUCAGUUCAGUCAUGUUCAACUCCCUCUGCCUUUUCUUGUCUUGUGGUACCUACAAAACUUAGUUCUGAUCACCCGGAGCAAGUGAUCAAUGGUGGAAAAUCAGCUGGAGGGAUCCGGCUGUUUGGAUUUGAACUGAGAAACAGCUCUCACAUAGUUCCUACCCUGGAAAAGAUAACCGCUUGCCCUGAAAACUUGCUGGAUGGGGACAAAAUACUGGAGACUUCUGCUAGAAAGGCUGAUGAGGUUCAGAAUACUGAAGUUGGGGAAGCAUUGAAAGAGCAGAAUCAAGCUAAUUCUGAUUCAUCUCUCAGGGAAAGUCAGACUAAGCAAUCUUCUCAAUCUUCAACUAGGAGCCGCACUAAGGUACACAUGCAAGGUGUUGCUGUUGGUCGGGCAGUGGAUCUGACAAUCUUAGAGGGAUAUGAUGAACUUAUAAGUGAGCUAGAAAGAAUGUUUGACAUCAAAGGUGAACUUCAAACCCGAAAUAAGUGGGCCGUUGUUUUCACAGAUGACGAAGGUGAUAUGAUGCUUGUAGGCGAUGAUCCAUGGCAGGAGUUUUGCAAGAUGGUAAGAAAGAUAUGCAUUUACUCAAGCGAGGAAGUGAAGAAAAUGAGUUGCAAUAAAAGACUAUCUUCACUAUCAACUGAUGAAGGCACAGUUCUAAGCUUGGGAACCGAGCAAAAGUCCGAAGCCUGCGAUUGAUGAUUGGUAGGUAAUUAUGUUAUCAUUUUGAAGAGGGUAGGACCUAAAUUGUGCUAAAACCCUUUAAGUGUCCUAGAUUAGUCGGUGCUAAUUGUCUAUAACUUGCCUAAUGUUGUGAUUUAGUGUGCCUUUUGGUUGGUUUCUCAGCUUGUAAUAUAUAGUAUGUGGAGAACCCUGAUUAUGCUUUAAUUUGACAAUUCGGUGAGUGGAAAACUUUAAUUUAAA